GCGGGUCUCUGUGGCAGUGGGUGCUGGAAGCCGAGGCGGCCCUGGAGCAGCCUCAUCGCCGCUUUUGAACCGGCUCCUGAGCUGCCCUGGAGACACUCAGCCCAGCCUUCCCCGGGUGCCCAGUCCUUCCCAGGCCCCUUCCACCGAGACCCCUCGCUCGCCGCCCUUCCCUCCUUGAGGGGGCGGCCCCCACCCAGUCAUCCCGCGCUCGGCCCCGGGCUCGCGUUGGGGCGGCGGCCGCCUGGGGAGGGAAGGAAGCCGGCGCGGGCCUGAGAGGAGGUGGCGACAUCGGCGGUGGGCCAGGCCGGGUCGGGCCGGGCCGCUCCGCGCCUCGGGGCUCUCCUGAGGAGGAGCAGGUGCGUCUCGGCCGAGGAUGGAGGAGGGUUUUCACCCGGAAGAUCAAUUAUGGAAAGUGAGCGGGACGCAGAGUUCCUUUUGAGAGGGUGAAUCUCCCCUCUACUUUCACCCUCUCUCUUCAACAACAACCACCCCCUCAGGGGGAUCAUCUCUCAAAGACUGGAAGCUGGAACCUGUGCUCUUGUGUCGUUGUGGCUGCAUGUUUAGUAUGCAGAUCCUGCCUCUUUGCUAAUGAGAGGGAGAAUGGGGACCCAGGGCAGCCCUGUGAAGAGCUAUGAUUAUCUGCUCAAAUUCCUGCUGGUAGGAGACAGUGAUGUUGGAAAGGGAGAAAUCCUGGAGAGCCUUCAAGAUGGAGCAUCUGAAUCUCCCUACGCCUACAGCAAUGGGAUAGACUAUAAAACAACAACAAUUUUACUGGAUGGCAGACGGGUCAAGCUGGAACUUUGGGAUACAUCUGGUCAGGGGAGGUUUUGCACCAUUUUCAGAUCCUACUCCAGGGGUGCUCAGGGAAUUCUUCUAGUAUAUGAUAUUACAAACCGCUGGUCCUUUGACGGCAUAGACCGAUGGAUAAAGGAAAUUGAUGAACAUGCUCCUGGUGUUCCCCGAAUUUUGGUGGGCAAUAGGCUCCACCUGGCCUUCAAGCGGCAGGUGCCAACAGAGCAAGCCCGCUCCUAUGCUGAAAAGAACUGCAUGACAUUCUUUGAGGUCAGCCCACUGUGCAACUUCAAUGUGAUUGAGUCCUUCACAGAACUGUCGAGGAUUGUUCUCAUGCGACAUGGCAUGGAGAAGAUCUGGAGGCCCAACCGAGUGUUCAGUUUACAGGACCUCUGCUGUCGAGCAAUUGUCUCCUGUACCCCCGUCCAUCUUAUUGACAAGCUUCCACUGCCUGUCACCAUCAAAAGUCACCUGAAAUCCUUCUCCAUGGCCAACGGGAUGAAUGCAGUGAUGAUGCAUGGACGCUCGUAUUCCCUGGCUAGCAGCGGGGGUGGGAGCAGCAGCAAAGGCAACAGCCUGAAGAGGUCUAAAUCCAUCCGUCCUCCACAGAGCCCCCCACAGAACUGCUCACGCAGCAACUGCAAGAUCUCUUAGCAAAAUGAAGAACUCAGUGAGCGUAAAGACACCCACACCCACCCACCCAUGUACAAAUGUUUGCACAUUCAACUCUCUUAAAAGAAAAAUGAAAAAAAUGGAUCCCACCGUUAUUCCUUGGUUACUCUUCUGGCCAGGGUAUUUCACUUAGGGAAUGUUCCUGAUGGUGUGCUUGGAGUCUUGGGUUGGCUGGAUCCCAUGUCAUUGGCAGGGAAGAUUUGGACCCUACACCCUACCCAGAAAGCUUUGGGAUUUCCUCUUCACUUAGACAAAGAGAGGGUAGAAAAAAUAUAUGGCUGCCGGGAGGGAAAACAAUUUAGCUAGUCUCGAAAGGAAUGGAUUAUUGGAGACUAGAGAAGCAUAGGGUGUGGUGAGGGGAGCCUCUGCUACAGCAUGAACCCAUGAACUCAUAAAUGAAUUGCCGGUGCUAUAGAGGGCCUUGAUUUAAAAUACAAAAAAAAAAAAAAGACUGAAAGAGUUUGGGGGUAUGGCAAAUUUGCGGUGGAUAGGACUGCUGUUGCCAAAAACAAGCUCUUGGGGAGCUGGCUGUAAGCUUUGCCUGCCUUUUUCACUUAUUUAUAUAGAAGUAUAUAUAAUAUUUCACUUUUUUGGGUAAAUUUUUAAAAAGCAGUCAGGGAAACCUUUAUGCAGCCAUGUGAUAAAGCAUUGCACUCAUUACUAGUGCAUCUGCUAAGGGGAAAUGAAAACACUUUAAGGAAAGCUAUGAACUGAUACAGGUGUUUUGCAGUAGCAAGUAUUUUUGAUGUUUGAGUACUCUUUCCACAAAGAUAAUAAGGAAUUUACUGUCAAAGCUUGAAAUGUUCUUUCUUUGAAUAUACUUCAUCCCAGUGGGAAAACAGGAAGAAUGUUGUGGAUUAAAUGAAGACACCAGGUUGGGGGGAGGGGAGGGGAUGCUGCCUGGGAGUUUGCUUUGCUUUGCACAUCUUCUGCCUGCUUUUUGGUAGCUGUGCUGAACGUACCUGGACUGACUUCCUCCUGUGAGUCUCCUCACCUCUGUCAUACAGUAUUGGGUAACGUGAGCACCUUUCUGGGAGGUGUGCACUUAGAGAAGCACAGGGCUCUAUCCUGGAGUCAUUUGGAUUUCAUCUGUUUACAGCUUCCUUGUCCCAUUGGCUCUAUUCCGUCCUCUCAGUUUUCACCCAUCAUAAGUCACUCCCUGCUUCUGAAGGCCUCCAAACUGAAAGGUUUCACAGUGACAAAAAAUCUGGGGUUUGCUCCAUUGUACCUUUAUUUUAACACUUUCCUCACAUGCUCCCAUGAUCCAGUAAAUUCUUUUGCUAGGGAAAUAUGCUGCUCCAAACUGGCCAUGGAAACCAUUCCCUCCUUAAAUGCAGUGCUGUCUUCAUAUUUGUUGCUUAAUAGAUUAAACUUGUGCCAGCAUUUACCAGAAUGAAAAGCUAUUCACAAGUUGUUAAAUACUUGAUUAAGGGAAAUCUAGGAGUAGUAGAUCUAAUUUUAUCCUUAGUUUUUUGCAGAGAAGGGAAUCCAUGAUUCUGUAUUCUCGGAUUCCAUCUGACAUAGAGAAGUAGACACUGUCCAUCUUCAUGACUGUAAAUGUGCUUGCCACACAUUCUUCUUUGUAAAUUAUACAUAAAAUUGACACGUUUACCAACAGCCUCAGCAUACUAAUCUAAUAUUUUUGUCACUUUUUUCCCUAAAAAACUUGCUUUUCUCCGAUGCCAAUCAGAAGAAUAGAGUAAACGUAACAGCUCUCUGAAACAGUGCUAAAUCAGUGAAUAGUCUCCUAGUUCUCCAGUCUACACAAAGCCCUAGAUGCUGGUUUACAGGCAAGCUAGAUUUGUGUUCUUUGUAAUCUGGCACACUGAACCAAGAGCACCCGUUUUCAACACAUUCGAUUCUACAGGGUGAAUCUGGGAGAUAAAUAUUCUCUUUAAACAUCACUGAAAUAGCUUCUUUUGUUUGGUCCAUGAGGACAACUGAAGAUGCCUUCUAAGAACUUAAAUGUGUGUCCCAGUCACCAAAAGACUGGUGACCAAAAAAACCCAACAACAAACCAUCCUAUUGUAUUUUGACACUCACUCACUACCCUCAGCUUGUGAUUGAUUCCUAUACUCCUCCCACUGCUCUUCUUAAACCUUUCCCACUGAGUUUGAUUUCAUCCACAUCUGUGCCUGGGAGGUGUGUUGGGCUUGAGUCACAUCGGUGCUGUAUUCUACCUCUUCCUAACUCAGUGUUGGUGUGACCACACAUAGCAGCUGCUCCUACCUUUCCAAGAGCAUAGACUGCCCUCAGCAACCACAGACAGCUGGUGGUCACUGGCCAGGAACAUCCUUCAGUGUAUUAGUUGCAUCUUCAUUGCCUUUCCCUUUCUCCAAAGACUUCAUAAAUCCCAAACAUGUUUCCCAAAUCAAGUCCCACUGCUUUUUAGAAACCCAUUUAAUUCAUGGGCAGAGUAAAAUGUGCUAAGCCUUUAUGGGCAAAUGGUCUCCUACUGGGCCUUCCUAGGAAAUGAAGGCUGCCAAUAUUUUAAUAAUCCCAUAGCUAUCAACUCAUCAAAUUCAGUGGAGCAACAGACAAUCAUCAUCAUCAAAACCGAAUAUUGAGGGAAACAUGGGCUAAUGGAUGAACUGGGAUAGCCAUGGGAGUUAUUGUUCUUGGACCUGGGGAACCUUUUCUGAAACAGAUUCUCUCACUGCCUCUUGGGGAAUUCUGAGUCUUUAUCAUCCUAUGAUUUGGGGGAACACCCAUCCACUAACUGAUUGCAGUUUGAUCUAUGGGGACAAGGAUUGGAUUUGCCUUUAUAACAGCAGAGAGAAAUGAGAUGUUGAUUUAGGCUCAUUAUAACCUCUGUUUCUCCCAUUUCUGACCCUCUCCCUAGCCUUUCUAUGCUAAAAGUCAAACCUGGAAGAUCCUACAGAUAGCCAGCCAAAAUGGGAUUUGUUUUCUUUGGAAAUUUCAAACAAAAUUGAAUUGACUUGGGGAUUGGGAGUGGGGUGGCAUGGGGAGAAGGGGUUUUUGGCAUUUAUGAUAUCAACACUAUUCUUAGCUGCUGUUUUGACACUUGUACCAUUCCUGUGUUCUAUUGGACUUUUUAUUUCUUUGUACAGUAAGUGUAAUUCAACUGUGAUAUACAUGUUUUGUUUUAUAUAAAUUAAAGUCUUGUUUUUAAA